GUCACACUGGGCGUCUGCUGACUGCGAGCGCGUGUGCACUUGUGUGUGUGGUUGUGAGCUGGAAUGUAUGACAGCGACCUUAUGGCUGCCACACGCCGCUGCCUCUCCCUGCUGCUCCUGUCCACCUGUGUGGCUCUGUUGCUGCAGCCACCGCUGGGCGCCCAGGGAGCCCCGAUGGAGCCAGUGUACCCAGGGGAUGAUGCCACGCCAGAGCAGAUGGCCCAGUAUGUGGCUGAUCUCCGCAGAUACAUCAACAUGCUGACCAGGCCUAGGUACGGGAAAAGAGACAAAGAAGAUGCACCGGACUCCUUGCAGUGGGACUCCCCCCACGCAGCUGCCCCCAGGGAACUCAGCCCGAUGGACCUGUAAUGCCACCUCCUGCCUCGUAGGACUCCGUGAGCAGUGCCAGCCCAGCUCGUCCCUCCACACCCUUGGCUCUGGCCAGAGCUUGCUCCCUGCUCCCACACAGGCUAAAUAAAGCAAGUCAAAGUCACA